AUGUCGCGGCCAAUCUCCCUGUUCAGCGUGUCCGCCAUCCUGAUCCUGGCCAUUGACGAUGGCUCGCGCAUCCUCACCAAAUACUAUUCGAACCCGCACCCGCCCCAGGGUCAGACAGAGUACCCCGGCCAAAUAGCGUACAAAACGGUCAAAGACCAGAAGACAUUCGAGAAGGGCCUGCUCGAGAAGACGGCCAAGCAGACCACGGAUAUCAUCCUCUAUGACCAGAAGGUCAUCGUCUUUAAGAUGGAGUCGGACGUCAUGCUCUACGUCGUCGGCGGUCCCGAGGAAAACGAGGUGCUUCUGUACAGUGUUGUCCUAGCGUUACGAGACUCGCUCAACAUCCUCCUCAAAAACUCGGUUGACAAGCGUACCGUGAUCGAGAACUAUGACUUAGUGUCCCUUGCUGUCGACGAACUGGUAGACGAUGGUAUCAUCCUGGAGACGGACCCCGUAACUGUGGCUUCCCGCGUUAGCAGGCCACCCGCGCAAGACAUGACCUCGAUGAAGAACAUUGACCUCUCCGAGCAAGGUUUCCUGAAUGCAUGGGAGUUUGGAAAGAGGCAGCUAGCAGAGCGGAUAAGACAAGGCUUGUGA